CCUGCUGUUCUGCUAUCUGUGAGGCACCCAGCGUCUAGCUUAGCGUCUCAACCUGUGACAGGUUCAACAACCCCGUCUCUCCCUCGCGGAGACAUCAUUGACAGUCCCUAUGUGUCCUGCUGCAUGCAGACCCACCCGACUGUCUGCCUCUCCGCUGUCCUCAAGGUCCCUCAGCGUCUCCGCUGUCCUCAAGGUCCCUCAGCGGCUCCGCUGUCCUCAAGGUCCCUCAGCGUCUCCGCCGUCCUCAAGGUCCCUCAGCGUCUCCGCUGUCCUCAAGGUCCCUCAGCGGCUCCGCUGUCCUCAAGGUCCCUCAGCGUCUCCGCUGUCCUCAAGGUCCCUCAGCGUCUCCGCUGUCCUCAAGGUCCCUCAGCGUCUCCGCUGUCCUCAAGGUCCCUCAGCGGCUCCCCUGUCCUCAAGGUCCCUCAGCGUCUCCGCUGUCCUCAAGGUCCCCCUGUCAUCAAGGUCCCCAUGCGGCUCCGCCGUCCUCAAGGUCCCCAUGUGGCUCCGCUGUCCUCAAGGUCCCCCAGCGUCUCUGCUGUCCUCAAGGUCCCCCUGUCCUCAAGGUCCCUCAGACUCCUUGUCUAACUGACACAGUCCUCCUAGCUGCCUCAGUCGAAUCCUCUCCCUGCC